AUAAAGAGCUUUUAACAUUGUGUUUUAUUUUUGGCACUUCCCAUCAAAUAAAAAUGGUGAUGGUAGUAAGAAUGGAGGAAAGAAAGAAAGAAGAUCAAUUACAAGCAGUAUGGUUUGCAGCUGGAGUGGCUGCUUUAAUGGCAUGUUUAGAACGUGCAAUUUUAGUUUCCUUUGUGGAACAAUGGCGAGUUAUAGCAUUCCUUGCUCUUAAUCUCUUGCUCUUAGCUAUUCUUUUUACAUCUACAAAUACCACUCCCACAACUCCAACUGUGGAAACCUGCCCACAAAGCAUCAGCACCAAUGCUACUACUACUGAAUCCAAGAUUGAGGAAAAGGGAGACGUGAAAGAAUGCAAGAAACCUUUGGUGCCUUGUGUAGCAGAUAUAUCAGAAGAAGCAAUUAGAAAGGAUGUCAAAGUGGAGUAUCCAAUAACAGACAAGAGGGAAAACAAAGAAGAACAAGUAUUAGAUGAUUCAAUAGAAGAGGCUCAGCAAAUUUCAAUGGAGGAGUUGAAUGAAAGAGCAGAGGCAUUUAUAGCAAUGUUCAGACAACAUUUAAUAUCUGAUGCAAAGGCUUAUAGUUAUAGCAAAAGCUGCAGAAUUAGAACUUCUAUUUCACUCAAAGGAGGUGACAAAAACUUAUCUAAGCGUAGACCCAUUUAUUAAUUAAAUUAAAUUAGGCCAACUAUUCUAGUUGACAAAAAAAAUAAUAAUAAUCAAGAUGGUUCUUUUCAUUCAAAAGCAUUUUUUACUUGUGUAAUGCUCAAGAUUUUCUGAAUAGAAAGACCUAGCUUGAUCUUUAGUUACAAAACACUUUUUGUUCUAUAUUUUUU